AUGGAUAUAGUUCGCGGAAUACUUCGGGCGGUCACUCCGCUUCCGGAUGGUGAUGCAGCUGAUCGUAUCAGUUACUGUUAUUCGACCACUAUUUUGGUUAUUAUGUCGGCUUUUAUUUCCGGAUGGAGUUUUGUUGGCUCACCAAUACAAUGCUGGUUUCCAGCCUAUUAUAAAGGAUGGUGGAUAGAAUAUGCGUUAGAUUAUUGCUUUGUACAAAAUACGUAUUUUCUACCAUUCACUGAUACUGUUCCUGAUAAUUACUGGGAUAUCGCAGAGCAUGUAAUUCCGAUACCGAAGAAUAUCACUGAACGCGAAAACCGACUGAUUGGUAAUUUCAUUUUUUAA